AUGAAAACGAGCAGUGGAUUUUGUUGGUUUGAUGUUUUUAUACUUAUCUUUAUAUAUGAAUUUGGCGAGCAUUUAACCUCAGUAAAUGGAUUCAACAUUGAUUUCAAAUCUCCACUACUCAAAACAGGACCAGAUGGUUCUAGUUUUGGAUUUUCUCUUUUGGGAUAUACUCACUUUUCAGGACAAAAAGGGGUGGUCAUAGGAUCUCCAACAGAAGGAAACAACGGUGGGCUUUUUUGGUGUCCACUUUUGAGGAGCACUUGCAGUCGAAUCAGUAUUAAUUUAGAAAAAGAGACUCAUAUGCAACCUGGACUAAAUGGAGCCCUUCUGGGAUAUUCAAUGUCUUCAGCUUUUAACAACAGCCGAGGACCGAUAACAGUUUGUGCACCUCGUCUUUCAUGGUCAUCAGCAGCAUCAGUAUAUUUACCUGGCGGUUGUUUUGAAUUUAAUGAACGCUUAGAAGAACCUCAAUUAAAUCCUGCACCAAGUGCAAUUUGUUUAAAUGUUGAGGGUUCUGAUAAAUCGAUUGAUCUAAGAUAUUGUACAUUUGGUGCAUCAGUUAGUCAACAUCCUAAUAGGCCAAAACAAUUAUUUAUGGGUGGUCCACAUUUUUAUCUUGAGAAAGGUGUUGGAGCUGCAGUGAAUAUGAAUACUUUUGAACGAGUAAUUACAUCCAUUGAAGCUAUUCCUUCUAAUACACUACUUGGUUCAUCUGUUGACACUACCGAUCGAUUAUAUGCGCCAUUACCCGGAUUAAAUUCAUAUGAAUUGAAUGUAGCCUAUGGUGGUCCAGGUGUACCAAGUAGUGUUGUAAAUGGUUUCAAUGAUGAUACAAAAUUUGGCACUGGAAUUGUAUUAAUAUUUCCAAGUAAUAAACAAAAUGGUAGAAAUAAUAUUAAACCAUUAAUGAGAAUAGAAGGACAAAGUUUUGGAAGUCGUUUCGGUCAUUCACUUAUAUUUCUCGAUAUUAAUGGAGAUCAUUGGGAUGAUUUAAUUGUCGGUGCACCUUAUCAAUAUUUCAAUGCUACUGUCGGUGGACAAAGAAGACAUGGAGCAGUAUUUAUAUUUCUCAAUAGACAAACAUAUUUUUAUACACCAGUGGAUGAAGUUAGUGGUGUGGAAUUAUUUAGUUAUGAUUAUCCGGAAACUUUUCAAAUGAUUACACCUCCAUCUCAUAAUUGUGGUAAUUCACAUAUUUCUGGAUUCGGAGCUACAAUUACAAAACUCGGUGAUAUCAAUCAUGAUGGUUAUCAAGACUUUGCUGUCGGUGCUCCUUAUGAAGACAACGGUGGUGCAGUUUAUAUAUAUCAUGGAAGUAAAUCUGGAAAAAUUCGAAAACCAACACAGAUAAUUUGUGCAAAUGAUUUGCAAAGUCCAAGACCGUUAGAAGGAUUUGGUUUUUCACUCGGACUGAAUGGUGCCGAUUUAGAUGAAAAUGGAUAUCCGGAUAUGGCGGUCGGAGCGGCUUUGUCUAGCUCUGUUGCAGUGUUACGAGCCAGACCUGUUGUUAGACUUGCUGCAUAUUUAACAUUGAUGGAUGGUAGUACUAUUUUGCCUAGUUCAUUAAAUUCAUUAAUGGAUUGUACUCAUGAAGCUCAGUCAAUUACUGGAUAUAAAGCACCAUCAGCUAAAUGUGUUGAUAUGAAAUUAAUUGUCACAUAUACCAGUGUUGAUGGUAAAUUAUGCAAUCCACAAAGAACAUAUCCAGUAUCAAUUAUUUUGAAAUAUAAUCCAACUGAUGAAUGGUUUUCCGAAGAUUGGGAACAAAAUCUAGGGAACAACAUAUCACCAGAAUAUGAAAAUCAAUGCAAUUUCAAUUCGCAUUCAACUAUCAUUUACAAAAAUAUCAUGCAAGAAUUCUAUAAAAAUUACACAUUAUCACCAAUUGUUUUUAUACGAGAGAAAAGUUUAUCAGAUAGUGAAACAAUGGUUAAAGAUUAUUUUAAACGUAAUGAAUCAGCUUAUCUGACAGGUUUCGAUAGUCCUGGUGGAUAUUUACAACUGGAAGGAAAUGCUUUUUGUCGUGAUCUUAAAACAAUUCAAAAGAAUUUACCAUUCACUCAAAAUGAAUUGAAUUUAGCUAGUACAGUACGAAUAAUAUUUCGAGACACGCAUUUAAUUGAUCAGACUGAAAGUUUGAAAAUUGGAGCUAAAUGGAUUGCCAAAAUGACUGAACCAUAUCCAUUGGCUGAUCAAAUCGAUGAGUAUCCUGUAGCGGAUCCUCGUGAAAAUACUGAUUUACUUCAAAUAUCAUUUGAUAAUCCUUGUGCAAUUCGACAAUGUUGCUCAAAUGUACGAAUUAGCUAUAAUGUAAAAGUUACCAGAGAUAAAAAUGGACCUGUUGUUUAUGUUGGUGAUGAUAAUAAUCAAACAAUUGAAGUGACUGUUCGUGUAACAAAUAUUGGCGAUGAUUUAGUUUAUGCAACUGGAUUAGUUAGUAAUUUUUUGCCAAAUUUACUUGAGAUUGAUUCAACUCUGAAAGAAGCCAGUUUAAUUCAACCGGACACAGCGAUUUGUCAUCUUCAAUAUCCAUUAGCUUCUGGUCAAUCAAGUGAAUGUAUGAUACGAUGGCUUGUAAUUGGGCAUCAAUUAACUGUACAAAUGGCUAAAUUUCAUGUAAAUAGUACUGUAUUAAUAAGUUCUAAUAAUCCUAUACAAGUAGAAGGACAAUUGACUAAUGAAUUACAAGUAAAUAUUAAAAUGAUUGUCAAUGUUUCAAUAUUUGGAAUAACUGAACCAAAUACAGUUUACUUUAGUGGUAAUGUUAGUGAUGGAAUUAGUUCAAUGACAGCAGAAAAUCAAAUUGGUGAUGUUAGAAUUGUUGGGAAAUUUACUGUACGAAAUUUACGUAAACAUAGUUUAAUACCAGGAUCACGUCUGAUCAUUGAUUGGCCUUUUGAAGUGGCUGGACUUAUCAAUGAACCACAUGGAAAAUAUCUUCUUUAUUUACUUGAAAAUCCUUAUGUAAUUCAACAUACGCCUACAAUUCCUGGUCAAACAGCGGACAAUGCAACAAGUGUUGUUUGUGAUUCUAAAGCAUUACAAAAAGUUGUUAAUCCACAUAAUUUCCGAAUAUUUUCUAGAUUAAGGAAAUCAAAUGAUGGUGUACCUGUACGAACUGCACCGAUUGAUAUCCCUUCUGAAAACCUAUCUCCAUAUCCUCCACUAUCAAAUAAAAUGACCCUAGAACCAGUACCUGAUCGUUUAACAGAUUCAAAGAAAUUAAUUGAUCGAAAAAUGACUACCAUUAGUUGUUAUAAUGGACGUAUACGAUGUGUACCAAUUGUUUGUGAUUUAGGCAAGUUAUCCUAUAAAGCUGGACCAAUUACACUUGAAUUUAUUGCUAGACUCUGGGAAAAUACAAUGCGAGAAGAUUUUCUAAAAGUAUUUUUAACCAAACUACAUUUGACUGCAACAUGGAGAGCUGAUGUUAAAUAUGGUAUAGAUCUUGGCGGUUCAGAUUAUGCUCAGGAUACAGCUGAAAUUCAUAUAUUCAAUAAUUUAGAACAAAAACCAAUACCUCCAAAAUAUAUGGCAUUAUAUAUAGGAUUAGCGGUAUUCGGUGGUUUAUUACUCUUAUCCAUUCUAAUUAUUAUACUUUAUAAAGCUGGUUUCUUUAAACGUAAACGUUUCAUGCGAAGACGAACAAAAAUACCACCUGCAGAAGCAACCGAAAGACUCGGUCAAUACACUGCAGCUGAAUCAAAGAAAAGACAACCGUUAAUCUCAUCAGUCCAAACAAGUUAUCCGGACAAUAGAAAAGUCAAUUCAGGACGAAUAAAUUAUCAUCAGGUGCCUAAUAUACAAGAACCAACCUACCGUAGGACACCAUAUUCACCUUCAUCUGGCUUUCCUAUUUCACAUAAAUAACAAACACUAUACAUAAUGAUUAUCAUAGAUAUAGAUUUUUUUAUUUUCUAACUUACUGAAUGUCCUUCAUAAGGAACUCAGAAAACUACUAACAAUAGUUAUAUAUAUAUAUAUACUUCUCCAACUGCUGCUCCAAUAAGAAUAUACGCCACAGUUAUAAAACUGUUAAAUUUUAUGACUUUACUCAGAAUGUGUUUGUAUUUGCUCACAACUUGUUUAUUUUCUAUUACCAACCUUCGUGUCAUUCAACAUGACUACUAUAGAAUCAACGAAAUAAUUACCGACUCUUUCUGAGAUAUUUUCUAUCCUGCGUGUAUAUAUAUAUAUAUAUAUAUAUAUAUAUAUAUACAUGACUCUUCAUGCGCACACGCUCAUACAUAUCCGGAUGCUGAGCUUCGCCUGCUAAUGGUUUAAUUUUGCUAAACUUGUAUCAUAUCAAACCAACUACUGAUAAUAAUAAUAGUAAUAUUGAUCAUGAGAAAUUAUACUAAAACGUUAAUAGAUAACAAUGUAAUAUGUACAAAUAUCUGGAUUUGGCGUUGAUUUUGAUUUCUAACGAAUAUUCUUUGUUUGGCUUGAUUUUUUAAUAAAUUUUAUUUUUUAAUGGAA